GGAGAAAUCCGGAGACAGAGAGGGCCACUCUGUUGUGGAGGAGGACUAGGCGAUCGGAAACACAACAGAGAGGAUAUUCCGCUUCGAUUCGCUUGUCUUCGCAGAGGAGGCUGAGCAUCGGUCCUCCCUGCUCUCUGCGGUCGGUCGGUCGGUCGGUCGGUUGACUGCUGCUGGUUGUAGACCCCGGGGUGCUCUUCUUCUUCUUCAGUCUCUAUGGGCUCGGUAGGCGCAUCUUCCGCCUCCCGAUAGGAACAUCACGGGCACGGCUGCUGCCUUCUCCAUCACUAUUUAUUUAUUUCACCUCUCUCUCUCUGCGCCGCAACGUUGGGAAGAUAAACGGGAUCGAGAGGCAGCGACAACAACAGCGCGCACGAUCAUGGAUUAAUGCCCCAAGUGAAUUAUCAUCAGAGAGGUUCCCAAUGUUGAACAUGUCCACCCCCAGCGAGCUGAAGUCUCCCUGCGUGACUCGCAACGGUAUGGUGAAGUUGCCCCCCAGCCAGCCCAACGGUCUGGGCAGUGCAAGUAUCACCAAGGGGACACCUGCUGCCAAGAACCGUCUGUGCCAGUCCUCUUCGGUACCCUCCAUCCUGCCUCCUCCAGUGUCCUCCCUUCCCUACCACCACCACCACCACCUGGACGGCUCUGGAAUGCCCAACUCAGCAGCCUCUCUCUUGGGCUCUGACAUGGAGCCCGGAAAGCCUCUGGUGGGCUUGAAGCCGUCCCUUCGUCAGCUUCCCCCUCUCACUCUACCCAAACCCCUGCUGCUGGAGCGCCAGCUCGUCCUGGAUGAAAAGCUGCUCAACCGAUUGCUCUGGUACUUCACCACAACUGAAAAGUGUGUUCUGGCGCAAGUAUGCAAGACAUGGCGCAAGGUGCUGUACCAGCCCAAGUUCUGGGAGGGCGUAACGCCCAUCUUGCAUGCCAAGGAGCUAUAUACCCUACUGCCCAAUGGGGAGAAGGAGUUUGUAAGUCUGCAGGCCUUCGCCCUGCGUGGCUUCCAGUCUUUCUGCCUAGUGGGCGUCUCAGACCUGGACAUUUGUGAGUUCAUCGACAACUACCCACUGUCCAAGAAAGGUGUUCGCUCAGUCAGCCUCAAGAGGUCCACCAUCACAGAUGCUGGCUUGGAGGUCAUGUUGGAGCAAAUGCAAGGCCUGAUGCACCUCGAACUGUCAGGCUGCAACGACUUCACAGAGGCCGGCCUAUGGUCCAGUCUGAACGCCCGGCUAACUUCCCUCAGUGUCAGUGACUGCAUCAACGUGGCGGAUGACGCCAUCGCUGCUAUCUCACAGCUCCUGCCCAACCUAUCGGAGUUGAGCCUGCAGGCCUACCACGUCACCGACACAGCCAUGGCCUACUUCACAGCCAAGCAGGGCUACACCACCCACACUCUGCGGCUUCACUCCUGCUGGGAGAUCACCAAUCACGGUGUGGUCAACAUGGUGCACAGCCUUCCCAACCUGACGGCCCUCAGCCUCUCCGGCUGCUCCAAGAUCACCGACGAUGGCGUGGAGCUUGUUGCCGAGAACCUGCGUAAGCUCCGCAGCCUCGACUUGUCUUGGUGCCCUCGGAUCACUGACAUGGCCCUGGAGUACAUUGCCUGUGACCUGCACAAACUGGAAGAACUGGUGUUGGACAGGUGUGUGCGGAUCACAGACACUGGGUUGGGCUACUUGUCCACCAUGUCAUCAUUAAGGAGCCUCUAUCUGCGCUGGUGCUGUCAGGUGCAAGAUUUCGGUCUGCAGCAUUUGUUUGGAAUGAGGAGUCUUCGCUUGCUGUCUCUUGCAGGUUGCCCCCUGCUGACCACCACCGGUCUGUCAGGCCUCAUCCAGCUGCAGGAGCUGGAGGAGCUGGAGCUGACCAAUUGCCCCGGAGCCACCGCCGAGCUCUUCAAAUAUUACUCCCAGCACCUGCCCCACUGCAUGGUCAUCGAGUAAGACCGCUGACCCACCCCACUGAACCGACCGACCGACCGCCAUACUUCUACCUUCCUCCUCCUUACUCUUCCUCACUCUUUUCUCAAAUGCUAUAGCCAGGAGACUGAACUGCUCCUACCGUACCACACCGUUUCCUCAUCCCCCGUCCCCCCGUACCCCGUCCCCAUCCCCGUCCGUCUUCCUCCAACACCCCAUUGAGUAGACUGACCCACCGGCGGACAGAGAGGCAGGCAGGAAGGCAGAUGAUGGUACAUGCCAGACCCAGAGGAUGACGGCGUGGCGUUUGAGCUUCAUUUAAGAAGAUUGCUGGAGUGAAGAGCUUGGUGUGACGUCUUGUCCGACAGCAAGUUUCUUUUUCAGAAUCGACAAAAAAGUUUUUUGUUUACGGGAGGAGAGCUUCUCUAAAGACUUUGAUUUUUUUCCUUUUUUUUUUAGCUGAAUGGAUACUGAAGGGAGUGACAUGCGCAUAUCCGGAUGCAGCGUGAGGAAUUAGGAAAAGGGAACUUUUGUGUUUGAGCUGAUAUGAUGGAACUCACACAUGCGCUCAUACACUGUAAACACACUCACGCAUACUGUAUAUGGUAAGUGAAACAAAUGUUAAGUCCUCAAGACCACGAGUACUGACAUUUCUAUUUCCAUCACUCUGUGUAAUAUAUCUGCUGUUGUUAUUUUAUUUCUUUUUCUUAGAAGGUAUCAAAAGGUUUCUCUUGUUUAGAGAGAGACACCAUAAUGCCAGCUGGAGAAACAGGAAUCAGAGAGAACUAAAGAUGCAGUUCAGGAAGUGAAUGACAGGGAUGGAACUUCUCUCUCUCUCUCUUUCUUUUUCUCCCUUCCUCUGUGUGUGAAGUGUGCAUCAUGGACUCACAGGUUCCUGUCUUUUUGGGAUACCACCACCUUUUUUUCCAUUUCUGUGUCUUAUCAGAAAUACAAAAAAAAAAAAAAGGAGAAAAAUUUGAAAAACAACAGUUUACAUUUUUUGUGUUGGACUUGAUUGGCUCAUUGUUUCACUUUUUCCCCCCCUCUCUUUAAUUUUUUGUACACAUAUUAGUUGAUUUACAGAUCUGGAGGAUAAGCUGUCGUAAACUGUGAAUGUUGUGUUUUUAAAAGGGGAAAAGUGUCGCCGAGGCAUCGCAACACGAACAAGCGGUCAUUCGAAUGGAAAAGCUUGAGAAUUUCUGCUGACGAUAUAAUAAUUAUUUUCUCUCAAAUGAUGAAUAGAAAAUGAGGCGACUUCGGGGCUGAGAUGGCUUGAUAUUACUAGACUCACAAACUAAUAAAUAACUUCAGUUGGCAGAGGGGAGUAUUGCAAGCAACCUUUCUGUUGGAGAGAUAGUUUUAUCCAAAUUCGGGGGGGAGAUUCUUCUUCUUUCCAUUUUUUUAUUUAAAAUGCUGAUAGAAAACCAUGAUGUUUAGUGUUGGUUCUGAAGCUGCUAACACAUUGUGUGACCCCCUUGGCUAAGGUCAGGUUACUUCAAAGGUAAAAAGGGAGGCUCUUGGAUUUCAGUGUUUAAUAUUAGAGCCGUUCUACAGUGUCCACUACAGGCCAGGGACAGAAAUGAACAGGAGCUAAGGGCCCCUUGUAAUGUGGCAGUUUUUAAAAGAUCAUUUAGCUUGUUGGAAUUUUACAAAUUUUACCUACGAACCCAGAGUCAAAGAAACUUAUGAAUGGCCUUUUUUAUGUUUAUGUUUUGAAAUCAUGUUUAGCCUAGCUGAGAUCAAUUAGUCGGUGUCAGUGGGAACGAUCAAUGGCUGGUCUACCUACACUAAAUGUUUGAACCGUAAUUGACAUUUUACAAAUGUCAUUUAUAAUGUUCCUAAUAUCACAUUCAAAUUGAGAAGUGAGUUUACAUGAAACUUAAAACUGCAAAUUGCCUUUUAAAGGCAAACCAGCCCUUUGGAAGUAAGUGUGAGCAAAAACACAAAAUACUUUAAAAAAUAAGCUUCCAUUGUUCACGAGUAUUUCAACCUGUUCACAUUUUAUUUGUUGACUGGCCAGAUGGGAUAUAUUUGAUGUAACAACAUUUGUCUUGUUGAAUUUCUCUCUUUAGUAUACAGCGUUUUGCAGUAGCCUUUAAAGGUCCCAUAUUGUAAAAAAAAUGAUUUUAAUUUCUUUUAUAUUAUAAAGCAGGUUUAAAUGCUUUAUAAAUACUGUUAAACUAUCAAAACGCUCAAUAUACGGCGAAACACACACGGCCCGUAUUCAGAUAUUGUGCGUUUGAAACAAGCCGUUAGGAUUUCUGUCCAUUUGUGAUGUCACAACUAUAGAAUAUUUAGACCAUUUCAUGGUUUUAAAGGUAAACAUUCUAAAUGUGUCCCAGUUUAUUUCCUGUUGC